AUGGAGCCUCCACGAUCUCCUCCCCUCGACUCGAAUGCCGUCCAACAAGGCGUCCAUAGCCAAGGAGGCGACGAUCCUGCUGCCAAUGAUGAUGACACCAUAAGAUUCCGGGACUUCUUCCGAGAAUACUGCCACAUGGAUGUCAAUGACAUCAUGGCCCGUGGCACCGCCCCAGCUGCCGUGCCUAGGGAGACGGAUGUCAUCGAUGUCGAUGACGAUGCUCCUCGGAUGCAACAUGAGGAUGAUGAUGUUGUGCUUGCGUUCUGCCAGCCGAGCCAACAUGACUGCACAAAAACUCAGGAACAAAGCACGGGACUUGUGGCUGCACAACCGAUGGGGAUGACCUUUGACUCUGAGAACGUCCCCAGCGCUGGUUAUAACAUGCCUCUGCCUCCUCCUCUGGCUGGCAGUAACAGUAAGAUGUUUGCGGCGGCUGAUCCUCUGCGGCUAUCGAUCGGUACUCAUGCGCCUGCUGCCAACCACAUGCCGGGGUCGUCGUCGUCAAUCGCAUUUAGCAGGUAUACGGGCAGUGGUAUCAACCUGAACCUGCCGCCCCCCGGGAAGAAGAAGAUGGCCGCCGCCAUCCCCAACAACGCAUCACCGAACCUGAAAACUAGGAAACCAUAUGAGCUGCCUCUGUUGGGUCUGAUAGGAAAGAAGGAUCCUCCUCCAUUUGCGAUAGUCAUCCUCAGGUCGUCAGAAGCUGCCGCUGAUCAUCAGCUCCAUGAGUUCUCCCAUGGAGCAGCAAGAUGCAAGAGCAUGGCACACAAGCGCCACCGCUACACAUGGCCCGCAAACAAGGUGGCAAAACUAGACGAGAAGAUUGAGCAGCUGAGGAAUGAGGCCCUCCUCACCCCGGCUCACAGGAGGCCGAUGAUCUUGAUACAAAAAGACAUUGAUGAGCUCCAAGGCAAGAAAGAUGAGAUCCAUGCAAGAAUGCUGGAUGUGAUGCAGGAAGACGACGACGGAGACGAGGGAGGCAGCACUCAGUAG